GUUUCUGUUUUUAUAAGUCACAACAACGGAGAAAGUGAGAACGACGACAACGUUACAACCUGCAGCAAUGACAACAAGCACAGGUCUCGCUAGGAAUCCGUUAGGGCUGGAGAGUGGGGUCAUUCCAGAUUCAAGCUUUACAGCUUCUAGGGAAAAUAAGGCUAACCAGCCCCCUUGGAGGGGGCGGCUAAACCUAAUAGCGGAUUCAAACGGAGCCGGAGCCUGGGUUGCUCGAGCAACUAAUGCCGACCAGUGGAUUCAGGUUGAUCUUUUAGCUACGUACCGCCUCACCGGAGUGGCAACACAAGGUCGUCAAGAUUACGCUCAGUGGACAACUAGCUACAUCGUUUCCUGUAGCAUGGAUGGUCUAAUAUUCGAUACAGUGAAAGACCCUGUCAACCCUAGCUCUUACAAAAAAUUCCCUGCCAACAAUGACCAAAACACUAAAGUGUUUAACAUGUUGCCUGAAGAUAGAAUUUGCCGUUACGUUCGCCUACAACCCGUCACAUGGCAUAGUAAAAUUGCCUUACGAAUGGAGCUUUAUGGAGAAGGACCGAUAGAAGUCACAGCAACAAAUCCAACAACGGACGAAGUGACAAUUACGACCAAGCCCACAACGACAACUUCGCAACCUGAAGCAAUGACAACACGCACAGACAUGGUAAACGUCUUUAUACUCGCUGCGGCCCCGGCCUGGGGCCGUGCCUUGACACCUGAACUGAAGACUGCUGCAAGCUUGAGCACGCCAGUUGAAUUGACGACACCUUAUGGAUUUUCAACCCGUGAUGAAUUGACGACACCCGGUGGAUUGGCGACACCCGAUGGAUCGAUGACACCCGAUGGAUUGGUUACAUCCGAUAGAUUGGCGGCACCCGAUAGAUUGGCGGCACCCGAUGGAUUGGCGGCACCCGAUGGAUUGGCGGCACCCGAUGGAUUGGCGGCACCCGACAGAUUGGCGGCACCCGAUGGAUUGGCGGCACCCGAUGGAUUGGCUACACCUGACAGAUUGGCGGCACCCGAUGGAUUGACGGUACCCGAUGGAUUGGCGGCACCCGUUGGAUUGGCGACACCCGUUGGAUUGACGACACCUGAUGAAUUGGCGACACCUCUUCAAUUUACACAAACGGACGCAGUAUCAUCUCCAACUGGUUUGCGGAAAUGGCUUCUGGAGUUAAAAAACGAAGAUACUAUAUUUCUUUCAUUCGGUAUCCCCAUGGUUGUGUAUUUCAUCUGUUUUUGUAUGGCUCUUCUUUUUCGUACUGCAGUUGGGCGUACUAAAAAGGAACCACCGGUGAUGGAGCGGCCACAGCGGAUGUAUAAACUGGUCAAUGUCUGAUCUAAUGACAACGAGAACACUGACCAGAUGACAUAGAAUUCACUUAUCUAUUUCUGAUUAUAUAUAUACAUAUAUUAGGUCAAUCACAAGGAGUGCCCGUCCGCGCAAUUAUUUUUACCACCACAGUUGUGGACAUCAAUGUGAAUAUUCAUGACUUUCGUCUUCGGAAUAAGACUACGCAUGCGCGUGGACUAGACAAAAUCGUGGCCGUUUGCGUUGCAUGCCAUGAAAAAUCAGCACCCUAAAGAUGCCGGUACCUUAACUGUUAUAGCCUAGGGUUAGAUAUGUCUAGAUCCAAUUGAUUCUUAAACACAUAUCAAAUUGCCAUUAAAGAUAAGACAAAAUGUUAAGGUAGCCUAGGCUAGAGCAUUAACUUUUUCUUUAUCUAAGUACUUUAUCUAUCUACAAAUCUGGACCUGUCUAAUGCCUGCAGCCGAGCACUGGUUAAUUCUGAACUUUGGGAUUAAAUUUACUUCCGUUAGACCAAUGAGCUUAAUUGGUAGCCUUUGUUUAAUAGGUCUAAUUUAUUCCGUAUAUAAACUAGUCCUAAAUCUAAUUAAAUUUAGUUUAGAUAUAGUCUAGUCUCUAGUCUAGAUCUUGAUAGACCACUCUGAUCUACACUCUAAUUGAUCACGUAGGCCUAGGCAUAUAACGUCAGGCACAAAUUAAUAUCGUCGGUGCGCAGAACAUGCAUGUGAAUGUUUAACGCGCAGCUCUGCAUAGCUAUUUCAAUCGCCGAUCGAGUAAACUCUCUUGAUCAACAAAAUGUAAUUGAUCGAUAAGCAUAAAUGAGGUCUACUAAGUUUUUAAUUCCCGUGCUCGAAAUAGGCAAUUGUGUUACUAGUUCUGUAUACGGACUAGACCUAUUAAACUAAGGCUACCAACAUGACCAAGCUCAUUGGAUAACGUAAGUAAAUGUAAAAUUUGGAAUGAACCCGUUCUAAGCUAACCAUGGCAUUUGUCGGCUGCAGGCAUAUUUGAGAUAAUUUUAAUGCCCCAGCCUAUGCUAUAGCCAUAGCCUAGCUUUACAUUUUGUCUUGUCAUUAAUGGCAAUUUGAUAAGUGUUUAAGAAUUGGAUCUAGAUAUAGAUCUAAGGCCUAUAGUUUUAGGAUAUGGGGUACCGGCAAUUUGAGGGUGCUGAUUCAUUCAUGGCAUGCAUUGCAAACGGCCACAAUUUUGUGUAGUCCACGCGCAUGCGAAGUCUUAUUCCGAAGACGGAAGUCAUGAAUAUUCAUAUUGAUGUCAACAUCUGCGGUGGGAAAAAUAAUUUCGCUAAAAGUACACGCAGUGAACUAAUAACUUUAUCAAAAUUUAUUGAUAAUUUUACACCUUAUUGUUCAUGAUAUAUUCAAUUGCAUUUGCUAUCAGUUGUAUGUAAUAUGUAAUAGUGAUGUAAGGCAAGGACUAUAAAUCUUUAUGUACUCCUAUACAUAAAAUAGCUAAUGAAGAUAUUUUUUUGAAGUUUUACUUCAAAUCCUAUUUUUUUAUGAGGACAUAAAAUAAAACAAUAUACUACAUGGGUUUUGAUUACUCCCACAGGGGGAUAGGUAUAAUAGAAGAAAACCACAAAUCCCUGAUAAGUACACGACCUAUCAUGCCUAUGGGUCUGGGAAAGUUUUCCUUGCCCCUUGUCAUUAUUUACUUAAUUAGCGAUUUGAAAUCUACAUAGUCUUAAGGAUCCCCUCUCCCCCUAUCGAUUUUGAACUUCGUAUAGAAACCUUUGUGAAAGGGUUGACACCUUCUUUAAGAAUGAACAAAAAAUCUCACGAAAUCGCCUCCUAUGGCUCAGGGAACGUUAGAAGAUAAAUUCAGGUGUUCCUCGGUGUACAUAUUAGGUCCUUUGGUAUUUACUAUAUUCAUCAAUGGCAUAUGACAUUUAAACUUAUAUAAUUCUACCUUUGUGUUGUUUUUCACAGCUAUUUGUAAUAACGGAGGACAAUAUGAAAUCAGACAAGUAGAUUUGGUUACAUUAUAAAUAUGCAAAGGUUAGACUUGAAUAGUAUGCGUGUACACCUUUGGAAGCGAAGGUCAUGCCAUUUUUGUCUGAAGAAUAUGAUGGGGGAUGAUAUUUUGUUUGUUAAUAAAGUAUGAUAUAAACUUACCUUCAGAAAAGUACUUCGGUUUCAUGCUCGACUCCGGUUUGACAUUGUGUUAAUGUUCCUAAGAUAAUGUUUGAAAAGAAGGUUGAAUACCAAGGAAUAAACAUUUGAUGUCAUAAAUAAGCUCCACUUUGCUUUAUAAUUCUACAUUUUAUUAAUCAAUGUUGCACACUUAGGGGAAGAUGUGCAAAUAUUCAUAUGGAUAUUUUAAGUAUUAUACAAACACUUGACACCUGAUUCAAUCGUUGAUACUGUUAUCCAUAUCUCAUAUAUUAUUUUUAUCAUAAUUAUUGUACAUAGAAAUUUGUUAGUAUGUUUUCCUGCAUUAAUUUGUAUAACAAAAUGUACCAAACAAAUUUAAAUGUUGGAAUGGAAAUAAACGAAAUAAAAUGACAAAAAAAGAAUGAAAUAUUGUACCACCCAUCCUAUUCCACGGUUUGUUGUUUAUCAUAAUUUUAACUUAUUGUUGUGUAUUUUGUAUCUUCAUAUAGAGUAAUGGUUGUUCAAUUGCAGGGCGCCUUUGUAAGAACUUUCUAGAAACUGAACAGGGGUCCGUUGCAGAAAGAGUAGCGUUUAAACGCAAGUCAAAAAAUCAAUCGCAAGUCUAAAAUGCUCGCUGUUGAUUGGUUGAAAAUCAAGUUGCGUAUGAUUUUCGAGUUGCGAUUGAUUGCAACUCUUUCUGCAACGAGCCUCUGGUCAAUCUUGUAGUAAAACAAAAUAAAUAAAUGACUGGAUAUUUCAC